UACAGUUCUUAAAUAUCAUAUAUUUUCCUGAAAAUGUGUAAUAUAAUUUGUGUCUAUAUACUGAAUGUUUUAUACUUGUAUUGAAAUGUUGUUCUGAGGUUUUUAAAUUUAUCUGUACGUAGACUGGCAUUCGUGUGUCUAUAUUAUGAAUGGCAGCAUACACAAGGAUGUGUAUACAUGUACGACGGUCUAUAGGUGAAUAUAGAGAAAUCUAAAGAUGCAGAUAAACAUAUCUAUCGAUGUAAUUAUAUAAUAUAUCAGGAGCUACACAUUAGACGCGUGCAGGAAUAUAUGCUCUUGAAGAAUUGCAAUCCUCCUGGGUACAAAUGUGGUUACGAAAAAUGAUGUGGCAAGCCCGCGGCGGCUGGAGGGAAACGGAGCUUUGCAGUGAUUCCCGUUCGUAUCUGCAGUUCAAGAAAGUUAACGCUGCGCUUAUAAAGAAAGAUGCUCCGUAGCAUCCUGAGCCUGUGGAAUCGGGGAAAGCUGCGAGAUGGUUCAGUAUAAGGCUCACUAAUCCUGCACUCUGGGAAAACCCACUAGAGACCGAGAGUUUUUUCCCGAGCAAGUUCUGCAAGGUCACCGUUUUCUAAGUUAAAAGGAAGCUCAUAGCAAGAAUUAAAUAUGUGCAUAAAAAUGCCAGGAGAUUUAUUUUUAACCAGAUCUUCGCAUUUUGAUGCGCACACUCUUUGGACAACCUAGUUUUCAAGGAUUGGUUCAGGAGAGCCGAAGUUUGUAAACACAGGUAGCUGUAAUUAUAAAUGACGCUCAAUAUUUAAAAUGGCAGCGAAGGAGCAACAAGGAGCCUCGAAUUUAGAAAAUAAGCAGGCGAAUCCUCGUGCGUUGUUCCUUAGAACCAAACCGAAUAAUUGUUUGCAAGUCAUCGCAAAAUAACGUUUUAAGGAAUCCACCUCCAUUUGUGCGACUGCAAAUGGUGCAGCCUUCGUGCCUGACUAUUUUUUGUUCAAUACCUUUGAGACGCUUCUGCAGGGUGUCCAGUACACGCUUCCUUCUUGCUGCUCAGAGUCGCUUUACCUGAAGAUAAAAAGGGAGAUAAAAAUGUCACAGGCACAUAGAAAAUUCCGGUUAACCGGGGGGUGAACAGUUCAGCUGUGUAGUCUGGAUCUCUCCCAGAAAAGAUUCCACCCUAUAAUCUCCCCCCAGUCCCUUCCUAGCCUCCUUUUGUUCGCUCAUCUGCGGGGCCCUUUAAGGUUUGUAGGUAAACAAGCGCUGUCUGUUUUCGAUCACAUUUUUAUGCUCUGGGUGAAGAAAGCCCUGCUCCGUCCUGGACCCGAUCCUUCAGCCUUUACUCUUUAAAUUCCGUGUUUUUUACUCGUGUGUGGAAGGGCUGCGAGAACCGAGCCCCGUUUUAUUGUGCAACAGAUUUAACAGGCUAGUCACUGGGGUUUAAUUACGAAUUAGAGAUGAACUCGACCGUGCCUCUCUGGCUGCCCCGCUAUAGGGGAAAGGGUUCCUGACGAAAGCGGAACUUACAAAUCAGAAAAGAGCAAGUCCUUGAGUGCAUUGGAAAUCUGAGCCUCCGGAGCCAGAGACGCGUUGCUGUCUCUUGAAAAACAGGCAGGGCUAAGAGAGAAACUUUACCAGCUCCUAAGGGAAAGGGGCUCUGAGUAUCAGCUGGCUCUGGGCGCAACUUUGAUCCAAAUCCAUACCAAGAAGGGACUGACUCUGAGCCUCUGCCUGUGGGAUUGGGCUUCGAGCAGCCCGGCAAGCAGGGACGCUGGUUCUUUUCCCCCUGGGAAGAAGAGUGGACUUGGGUGCCAUGAUGGCCAGUUACCCGGACCCCGAGGAGGACCCCGUAGCCCUGAUGGCUCAUGACACCAACGCCAGCAAGGAGGCCGAGCGAGCCAAGGACGAGCUGAGCCCGGAGAAGGGGGCCGAGAAGCCGGACCCCUCUCAGAAGCCCCCCUACUCCUACGUAGCUCUGAUCGCCAUGGCCAUCCGGGAGAGCGCCGAGAAGCGGCUCACGCUGUCCGGCAUCUACCAGUACAUCAUCAGCAAGUUCCCCUUCUACGAGAAGAACAAGAAGGGCUGGCAGAACAGCAUCCGCCACAACCUGAGCCUCAACGAGUGCUUCAUCAAGGUGCCCCGCGAGGGGGGCGGCGAGCGCAAGGGCAACUACUGGACGCUGGACCCGGCCUGCGAGGACAUGUUCGAGAAGGGCAACUACCGGCGGCGGCGGAGGAUGAAGAGGCCCUUCAGGCCGCCCCCGACCCACUUCCAGCCGGGCAAGACCCUCUUCAGCAGCGACAGCUACGGCUACCUCUCCCCGCCCAAGUACCUGCAGUCCGGCUUCAUGAACAACUCGUGGCCGCUGGCCCAGCCGCCCGCGCCGAUGUCCUACGCCUCCUGCCAGCUGGCCGGCGGCAACGUGAGCCCGGUCAACGUGAAAGGACUGUCGGCGCCGGCCUCCUACGGCCCCUACUCCCGGGUGCAGGGCAUGGCCCUGCCCGGCAUGGUGAACUCCUACAACGGCAUGAGCCACCAUCACCACCACCCGCAGCAGCUCAGCCCCGCCAGCCCCGCGCCGCCCGCCGCCCCGGCCCCCAACGGAGCCGGCCUCCAGUUCGCCUGCGCCCGCCAGCCCGCCGAGCUCUCCAUGAUGCACUGUUCCUACUGGGACCACGACAGCAAACACAGCGCCUUGCACUCCCGGAUAGACAUCUAGAGACCCCCGCCCUCCUGUCUGUCUGUCUCUUGUUUCUCCUCUGUAGUGGCGGAUUUGUCUAAAGUGCUCUCUGUGCCAAAAAUGGGCACCGCGGAAAAAUGUAAGCCCUGCUCCGCGUUUGGUUGAAGGCAGUGUAAGUGUUGAACUUUAAAACCCUCUAGCUGCAGCGAGAGACCUGGGCGAUCCCGUUGGAGUGUAAGGUUAUCAAGCGAUGGCCGGUUUGUCUGAUUUAUAACAAGGGGCGGGGGGCUGACUUUUCUUUUUAAAGCAUGCCAUUCAAAAUAUGUCCUCAAACGUAUACUCCAUUUUGUAAUUUGGCACUCUUAUUUUUGGGCAUUGAGGAAAGUAAACUGAGAGGGGGAAAUAGAAAAACUACCAAUUCGAUCUCCGCUAAUUGUAGAUUUGUUGCCGGGACAGGCCUAUCCGCUCUGUGUCACAGGACUUUUAUAGUCUGGAAAGAAUUGCACUUCUUCAAAGUUCUGUCCUUCUGUCAAAAUAGUACUUACCUGGGGACUGUUUUAAAAGCAGAACGCAUGCCUACAUUUCCUAGCAAUGCUGUUGAUAUUUGAAACAAACAAAAAAUAACAAGAGUAACUUGUGAAAUAUGUCGGCAGUGAUAUAGAUAUAUGUAUAUUAAAGUAGAAAAUGUCCUGUGAGGUCUUAAGAGUAAUUUUAUACUGGUCUAAAAUAAUAUUUUGAAGUUAUAAAAAAAAGACGGUUUCCUAUAAUAAUUGGGAUUUUUUCCAUGCGCAUUAUUAUUAUUAUUAUUAUUAUUAAAUAAAAGUUAAAUUUUAUCUUCAUAUUUUUGACCAAAAACCUCCUGGCCCCAGAUGGAAUCCUUGGUAGGUUCUGCGUUUUAAGUGCUCAGCAUCUUUCUUACAAAGUUUUGGUCCUCCGACUCUAAAUAGAUUAAUGUGAAAAACAUAGAUGUUUAUAAAUAUUGGGGCCAGUUCAUAGCGAUUUUAUAAAUGUUUAUGUAAGCUGAUAGAUACUAAGGCAUAGUACCAUUUUUGGGACCAACUUUUCUAGAGUAAACUAGCACUUUUAUUGUAUUUUCUAGCAUUGUAAAGUCUCCAAUAAAAUGUUUUUUUCUUUCUUUUAA